UUUUUUUUUACGCAGCACCAAGGACAGCUCCUGGCGCGCGGCUCCUUCUCCCGCACGCUUCACGCAUGGUUCAAACUUCAGGCAUCACUCGCCUCCUCCGUUCAUCCAGCUCCGGUGCACUCCACAACCCGCUCCGAGUUUAAGGCUUAAAGAAACCACACCAUCGACACUGGUGAGAAGGAUGCUGCUGCUGCGCUGGGUGUAUACUCUCCUCUCAUCGCACGGCAGCGCUGGAAACCAACUCACCCCGCACAGGCUGUAAUCUACAAAAUCUCUGAAGAAGAGGACGGAGAGGAUGGCAUUGAUCCUGUAAAUGGCCUCUGUGAGAAUAAAAACAGUGGUGCUUUGAGAUCUGGUGCUACUGCGCCUCACUCUUCUUCUCCUGCAGCCACCAUCCAAAACUGACCGGACGCUGACCAGAAACAACAGGCAGGACAUCGACCUCAUUUUGCCCAGGGAUAUGUCAUUGGGGAGAUCCCCCUUGUUGGGGGUGCGCCCUGUGCCCCGUCCUCUCCGGCUGUCCCGCCUCAGCCUGCUAUGCUUAUGCGUGUCUCUCUUUGCCCAGGCUCCCCAAGGUUUGCCUGUGGUGGGUUACAACACUGACUUUAAGAGGGAGAUCACCCUGGAAGGAGACUUGAUGAUUGGCGGCCUGUUCCCCGUGCACCAGAAGGGUGAGGGGGCAGAAGACUGCGGGAAGAUAAACGCUCAGAGAGGGAUCCAGAGACUGGAGGCCAUGCUGAUGGCACUGGAUGAAAUCAACAGGGAUGAGCACAUCCUGCCAGGGAUCAGACUGGGAGCUCAUAUACUGGAUACUUGCUCAAAGGACACCUACGCUCUGGAGCAGUCGCUGGAGUUUGUCCGGGCCUCCCUCACCAAAGUGGAUGACAGUGAGUACACAUGCCCCGACGGCUCCUACGCCAUCCACGACGACGUCCCUCUCGCUAUCUCUGGGGUGAUAGGAGGCUCCUACAGCGAUGUCUCCAUUCAGGUGGCCAACCUACUGCGACUUUUCCAAAUCCCUCAGAUCAGCUAUGCUUCCACCAGUGCCAAGCUCAGCGACAAGACCCGCUACGACUACUUCGCUCGCACCGUGCCCCCUGACUUCUACCAGGCCAAGGCCAUGGCAGAGAUCCUGCGUUUCUUUAACUGGACCUACGUAUCUACAGUAGCAUCAGAGGGUGACUAUGGUGAGACUGGAAUCGACGCCUUCCAGCAGGAGGCUCGGGCCCACCAGAUCUGCAUUGCCACUUCAGCCAAGGUCAGUCGCUCCAUGAGCCGCUGGAGUUACGAGAAUGUGAUCCGCUCCCUGCAGCAGAAAUCCAACGCCAAGGUGGUCAUCCUGUUCACACGCAGCGAAGACGCCCGCGAGCUGCUGGUGGCGGCCAACCGCAUGAACGUCACCUUCACCUGGGUGGCAAGUGACGGCUGGGGAGCGCAGGAGAGCGUGGUGAGGGGGAGUGAAGCGGUGGCUGAUGGGGCCUUCACCAUUGAACUGGCCUCCUAUCAAAUCCCUCAGUUUAACAACUACUUCACUGGCCUGCACCCGUACAACAACACCAGGAAUCCCUGGUUCAGAGAGUUUUGGGAAAACCAGUUCCAGUGCAGCCUCCAUGAACUGGGCUGCGGGAAGCACUCACUCCGCGAGGUUCCGUUUCAACCAGAAUCCAAGAUCAUGUUUGUGGUGAAUGCAAUCUAUGCAAUGGCCACUGCCUUACAUAACAUGAGGCAGGCUUUAUGCCCCAACUCCACCAAAGUGUGUGAUGCUCUCAAACCUGGCAAUGGCAGAAAGUUUUACAGGGACUACAUUCUCAAGGUCAAGUUUGACGCACCGUUUCGACCCCCAGACACAGAGAAUAUAGUUCGCUUUGAUGCCUUCGGGGACAGCCUCGGCCGUUACAACAUUUUCCACUAUCACAAAGAGGAUGGACGCUACAUCUACCGUAAGGUCGGCUACUGGGCCCAGAGCCUGACCCUGAACACCAGCCUGAUUCCGUGGCCCGGCCAGGAUGCCCCCACCUCCCAAUGUAGUGACCCCUGCAGGAAGAACGAGGUGAAGAGCAUGCAGCCUGGAGAUGUGUGCUGCUGGAUCUGUAUCCCCUGCCAGCCGUACCAGUACUUGCAGGAUGAGUUAACCUGUGCCGACUGUAGCUUUGGACAGUGGCCGCUGGCCAACCUUACAGGCUGCUACGAUCUGCCCGAGGAGUACAUCCGCUGGGAAGAUGCCUGGGCCAUUGGCCCCGUCACCAUUUCCUGUCUAGGAAUGAUGUGCACGCUCUUCGUCAUCGGCCUCUUCGUCAAACACAAUGAGACACCCGUGGUGAAGGCCAGUGGACGAGAGCUCUCCUACAUUCUGCUGCUGGGAGUACUGAUGUGUUAUAGCAUGACCUUCAUCUACAUCGCCAAACCUUCCACAGCAGUGUGUACGCUGCGCCGGCUGGGGUUGGGCACCUCCUUUGCUGUGUGCUACUCAGCCCUCUUGACCAAGACCAAUCGCAUCGCUCGGAUCUUCAGUGGGGUGAAGGAUGGCGCACAGCGGCCUCGAUUCAUCAGCCCGGCCUCCCAGGUUGCCAUCUGUGGUGCUCUGAUCUCCUGCCAGCUGAUAGUGGUGGUGGUCUGGCUGCUGGUUGAGACCCCAGGGGUGAGAAAGGAAGUGAGCCCGGAGAGGAGAGACGUGGUCACCCUCAAGUGUAACAGCAAGGACUCCAGUAUGCUCAUGUCCCUCACCUACAACUGCAUCCUCAUCAUCCUGUGCACGGUCUACGCCUUCAAGACCCGCAAAUGCCCUGAGAACUUCAACGAGGCCAAGUUCAUCGGGUUCACCAUGUACACCACCUGCAUCAUCUGGUUGGCGUUCCAGCCCAUUUUCUACGUUACUGCCAGUGACUACAGGGUGCAGACCACCACCAUGUGCAUCUCUGUCAGUCUGAGCGGCUCGGUGGUGCUGGGCUGCCUCUUUGCUCCUAAGGUCCACAUCAUCCUGUUCCAGCCUCAGAAGAAUGUCAGCACCCUCAGGGUGGCCACCACCCGCUUCAGCGUCACCACUGGCCCAGGCUCCAGUUUCUCCCAAGGUACCACCGAUACACAAAAAAAAAACGCAUCAGCCUCCAAUGUUGUCCCGACAGUGUGUAACGGACGUGAGGUGGUGGACUCCACGACGUCGUCCUUGUGAAGAUGGGUUGAGUUCCUUUGCCAAGCGUUGUAGACAGAGUUAUUUAAUCACUAGUCCUGAAUCAGGUGUCUCAGAUAUUAAAGAGGUCACACAGAUGACUGUCCUGACUUAGUUGUCCUCAAAGUGCUGUGAGUACAAUGUCCCGAUUAUUUCAUUUUGUUCUUUGACUCGUAGCGAUUUUUAAAUGAGAUGCCAAUAAAGUGGCGUGUAGCCCUUCUUUUUAUGGACGAAUUCUACUUGCAACAAUGAGGUAAAUUAUAGUAAAUCUGUUAAAUGUAAUAUAUUCGAGACGUUUUUAAUGUAGAUUUUG